CAUGAUAAAUUACAAAUAAAAUAAAAUCAUUCAAGUCAAGAUUUGCAAGCAUUUCAAGCAUAAUUAUACAUAAGAUACUAGAAGAAAGCCACCGCACUUAAAAUGGGCUUAUUACUCACUCACCUCACGCCCGAAGAUUCAAUUCGGAACAUUGCAUAUGAAAUGAUACGUCAAAAAUCUGAACAACAGGGAAACUCAGCUUCACUCAAAUCAUUUUCAUCAGCACCGUUUGAACCUUUGUCAACACGGUCAAUUUCCGGUUCGAACUCGGACCUGCAUCCCUUGUCUCACGGAUUAAAUCUCGACAGCUUAAAACCCUUGGAACUAAUCUCAAAUGAAAUCGAAAAAGUUUUUUCGACCAAAAGCCAGAAACAGUUGCAACCCAAGCAAGGAAUAUCUGUCGAACUUUCGAAAAAGCAGACAGCGUCAACUUCCGGUUCUAUUUCGUUUCGUAGGUCAAAUCAAUCUGAACAAGUGAAAAACAACCGUCUAAAUAAUAAUGCUCAAAAAGAGAUAGCAGAGAAGCAGUCCAAGACCCGAAAACCUGAACCAUCUUCAAAAUCUCCGUUUCGCAAAAUAUGUCCACCAAAGUCGGAAGCUGAAAUUGGAAAUGCUGUUGGAUCAACUUCUACAAAAAGUUUGACCAAGAGCAAAUCCAAGACAAAGAAAUUGCUGAAAACGAUGAGCAGCCGAGAUAUAUUAAAUGAAGUAUUGGGAGACGGGGCAAUCGUUGAAAAUAACCACACAGUCGACAUAUCAGCAAGCUUCAAGUAUCGACCAGACUUUACGGCAACAUUUAUAUACAAUUACAACCCCACUACAAAAAUGGAGUCUUUCAAAACCAACUGUGGUCGGGAUAAGCUGGCAAAGAUGGAAAUGCCCCUGGACAAAAAUGGGAACCCGGAUGCUUCCCAGUUUAUUAAAUCUUUGGCCAAACUGUCUUCAAAAUAUGAGGGUACGAUCAACUUGAACAACUACAAAAUCACAACGGAUAGCGAUCCAAGUCGACGUCUAAAAAUCACGUCGCUCGACAUUCGAUCCAGUCCAAUGAUUGUGCAACUUUCACCCAAGGGGAUCAAAGGCAUCACUGUUUUGAGAUCCACGACCAAAUUGAAAGUACAUGGAGAGACUGAAUUUGAAGGCGAUGACGACAAAACUAUUUUGUUCGAAGGGCAAAAUUGUGUGGGCAUGAAAAUAUAUUCGCCGGAAGGGAAGGGGAAACUCUUUGUGUGUAUUCCGACCUCUGUAGCGGCUGAAAACGCUGAAAACAUCGCCCCCGUCAUCACCACUUCUGAGGAAAAUGGUGUGCUUACUAAUGCUGUAACUGCAUAGACAUAAAUUUAAUGUUUUGCUGAUAAACAUUCACAAAAUUCAAUUGCGUAUGACAAAACAAACUUCUUGUAAAAUGCGAUAUAUUCAUUUCUAAAAAAAAGUUAAAUCGAGUUAUUUCAUGGAAGUAUUUUUUCCAAACAAUGGAUUUGCUGGGGUUAUGGUCACUUUAAAUAAA